CCUGGAGUCCGCUCCAGUCCGCUUUACGCACAGACCGGACAGCCCGGACCCACGCACGGAUCCCGGAGUGGGAGAGGAGAAAGUGCUGAAAGCAGCUCCGUGUUCCCGUGAACUCUGCUCCGGUGCUCCAUGUCGCUCCCCGGCUCCCCUCCGCUGCUGUCGCCGGGAUCAGGCGCCCCAACUCCGGUCGCGCUCUACCGCUCUGCUCCGGACGCCUCCUCCUCCACCGGCACCUCCAGCCCGGCGCACACCAACUCCCACUCCCACUCCCUGUCCCCGUCCCCGCGGCUCUCCGGCAGCAUGCUCGGCGCCUUCCUGCCCGGCCCGGGGGGCGCGCUGUCCGGCUUGGGGAACGGCGGAGGCGGCGCUGCCCUCGGAGCUCUCUCCGGGCUCGGCUCGCUCAGCUCGGCCGGUCUGACCCCCGGAUCCCCCGGCAUGGCGCAGUCCGGCCCGGGGCUGUGCAGCGAGUGCAGGCUGGUGGAGGUGCACGGAGUGAAGGUGGCCAGCUUCAGCGUGGACGGCCAGGAGCUGAUCUGCCUGCCGCAGGUGUUCGACCUCUUCCUGAAGCACCUGGUGGGGGGGCUGCACACCGUCUACACCAAGCUGAAGCGGCUGGACAUCAGCCCGGUGGUCUGCACCGUGGAGCAGGUCCGCGUCCUGCGGGGGCUCGGAGCCAUCCAGCCCGGAGUGAACCGCUGCAAGCUCAUCUCCAGGAAGGACUUCGAGACGCUGUACCAGGACUGCACCAGCGCCAGCUCUCGUCCAGGCCGUCCUCCAAAGCGAUGCUCUGGAGCCGGGAUCCAGGAAAGCCCCAGGCUGCUCCACCCGGGCCUCCCCGGCCUGCUGUCGCCCAACCUGCUGUCCCACACCGGUCUGACAGCAGCAGCCAUGGCCGAACUCCAGAAACUCCAGAAGAUGAAGAUGAUGAUGAGUCUGCAGAAUGGCAACGAGUCCGACAACGACGACCUGCACUCUAACACAGGAGGCAGCGAAUGUUCCUGGGAUAAGGAGCGCCUGACCAGCCCUCCUGCUGGAGCUCACAGUGGAGCUCCAGGAGGAGCAGGAGGAGGAGGAGCAGGAGGAGGAGGAGGAGGAGGAGGAGCAGGAGGAGGAGGAGCAGGAGGAGGAGGAGGAGCAGGAGGAGGAGGAGGAGGAGGAGCAGGAGGAACCGGGAGUCGGCCAGCGUUAUCAGCCGUCAGUCAGCAGCAGCUCCAGCAGCAACAACAGCAGCAGCUUCUGGCCAACAGGUUGGACCUGCCCUUCAUGAUGAUGCCACAUCCUCUGCUGCCCAUGGGGCUGCCGCCCGCCUCUGUUGCCAUGGCGAUGUCGCAGAUGAACCACCUCAGCACCAUCGCCAACAUGGCCGCUGCGGCCCAGCAGAUACACACUCACGUACACCGCGCACCCGUCAUCAAGGAGAGAGUGUGUGACAGUCCUUCUCUCUCUCCGUCGGUGGAUGAAACCAACACUCCUCUGCAGUCUCAGCCCAGCAGCUCGGCCUCCAGCUCGCCUGAAAGACUCGGACUGGUGUCGGCUGAUGCAGACGUUCCCCUGAACAACUCAGCUCCCAUCAAGAAAAUCACAAAGGACAAAGAAGAGUCUUCGCUGGCUCAGACUCUGCCACCUGGAUUUCCUGCUCCCUUCCUAUUCGCUGAUGGCCUUUCAUCAGUGGAGACUCUGCUCACCAACAUCCAGGGCCUGCUGAAGGUGGCCGUGGAGAACGCCCGAGCGCAGGACAAACAGAUCCAGGCGGAGAAGAGGGAACUGAAGAUGGAGCUGUACAGAGAAAGAGAGAUGAGAGAGAGUCUGGAACGACAGCUGACGUCUGAAUUACAGAGCAGAGCCUCCAUCCAGAAACGACUGAAGAAGGAGAAGAAGGCCAAGAGGAAGCUGCAGGAGGCGCUGGAGUUUGAGUCCAAGAGGAGGGAACAUGUGGAGGACGCUCUGAAACACUCGUCCUCGUCCUCCCCGUCUCCUGAGCCGCUGCACGCUGCCAACAACAAUAACAACGAUGCUGCUGUAGCUGAGGACAAACCUGAACUUAAUGGAAACCAGCAAGACAGCGGAGCUGUACAAGAGGAGAACCUGAAGCAACACUUGAAGACGACUAGAAGAAGUCAGAGUUGAAGUCUGGAGGGAUCAACACCACGACUCUGUAAGAGUCCCGGCCGUUCCUGAAGACCCCCAUGAUGUUCUAGAGAGACAGACUCCGCCUCCAGAAACCCCGUCCCCCUUCCUACACAGAAGAACUCCACCAGCCCGCUUCCACGGCAACCAUGGCUUCCACGGCGGCCGGGAUCACCACGGCAACAACCUCCCCCGGCGGGAUUCUGUCUUUGUUGCUACCGAACGACGAGACUACUAAGAGACGCUCCUCACCGGGACUCACCGUGGGGACAUCGUCUCUCUGCUCUGUCUUCUACUUCUUUUUAGACAAACUUCACUCCGCUCAUUCCUCUUUCUGUCCCUGGACUUUCAUCAUCCUUGUUUUGUUUGAAAACUGAGAAUUUAGAAAUCAUUCCUGAGGAAGACGUAACCGGACGUUGGAGAACAUCACCACGAGUCUUUGUAGGCAGACAUGAUUGGGAAACACCAGAGGACGAACUUUUUAAACGGUCCUCAGAGACUUUUCAUUUACCUUCCAUGGAAGUAUCUUCAGCGCCCCCUGCUGGACGUGGACUCCCUGUGGAUGGUUUUAAUGUGACCGGAGGAGCUCAGAACCAGAACGAAGGGUUCUAAAAGACAAAAAAAAACAAAAACAAAAGGAGUGUUAAAAAUGUUGGGAAGGAAAAAAACUGAAGAAAAAAGGAGGAAAACAAGUUGGGAGGCUAUUUCUGUCUCUCAUGUUUCAUUCAUUUCUUGUUUUUUUCCGUACAGGGACUGAGAAGAAUGCAUGGGAAAACUUUCUGUUGUCAUUUGGCUUAUUUUAACCUUCUCGUUACCUCCUCCUCCCUUCUCUUAGAAAACUCUGCUUCUUUUCUCUUUUCUUUAUCUUUCUAUAAAACAGCUCCACUCUUUUUUGCAUGACUCCUCUCCUUUAGACUUGUUUUCUCGUGUUUUCCACCGCCUUCGUUUCCUCUCUGUAAGGAGGCAUUACUCUGAAAAUGUUGGAUGCAGCUUUUCAAUGUAUGAAGUAUUUUCUAUCACCCUUAAAACCUGUGGAAUCAGUUUAUGAAACGACGGAAAAGUAAAAAAAAUGACAAAGAAAGAAAAAAAAACAAAGCAUUUUUUAAUACAAUGGAGUGAUUUCUAGACACGAUAUUAUCCUAAAGGUACGUUGAAUUCUCUUCCUCCCCAUCACCGGGGAGAUGGACGACAGUUUCUGGUGUUUGUUCAGUCCCUCCACAAUUUCACGGCGUUUUUCAAGAUCUUUGUGACCUAAAAUGCCUGAAUUAAUGGCAGCUUUUCUUAAAAAAAAUUGCGAUGUUUAACCAUAUUUGUUGCAAUGAAAUUGCGGGAGACAGUGACAAUUACUAAAAAGUUGUGUAUUUUUCAGCUUUUAGAACACUUUUCAGGAUUUCAAUUGACGAUAUUUAUUCCUCCAACCAGAGCUGAUGUGAGAACGUUCUUCCUACACCACCUUUUAGUCGCAGGAGCUUCAGGAGAAACCAGACGGACUUCUCUGGAAGAUGCUUUUAGAGAUGUCUUCCAGAGAAGUCGACAGGUUUCCACUGAAGCUCCUACGAUCACCAGGACCUGGACGAGUUUAUCAACCAACGGGCACCAUGACAGAGACUUCUGUGGUCAUUAAUGACCUCCAACCAGCACUAAUUUCUAGAAUAACCAGAGUGUUUUUAUUGUGAAACGACAGAUUUAACCAAGCGAUUUUUUUUUUCCUUUUAGUGAGCUCUUAAUUCACGAUAAAUUUUUUUAAUUCCAGUAUCCAGUUCCUUGUUAGAUCCACGAUUAGACGACACAAAUAAAACAAAAGCUAAAAUCAGUCCCUCCAGGAUUUUGCGAGUGUUUUUUCCAGAUUGUUUCUCCCUAAAAUCCCUGAAUUCGCAGCAGCUUUUUGCAUGUUUGGAGGUAGAAAAGUGUUUGUCAGUUGAUGGUUUUCGUUUGUAUUCCACCACAAUAUUCCUCGGGUGUAAAACAGUUUAGCUCUGCUUUGGUGAAGAACAUCAGGGAAUUGUUUUUCAGGUCUUUAGCAGUAAUUUUUGUUGGUAAAUGAGAGACAUUAGAAUAGGAAAUGUCUGCAUGUUCAGACCAGAAACAGGAAGUGAAUUCGGUGACGUACGUGGGUUAUGUUUGGACUGCUAUGAUUGGUGGAACUCACAGGAGGCGGGCUGAAAUUAAGGAAAAGUUGUGGUGGUUGGUCUAAAUUGGAAGGUUGCUCAGAAUUCAUGGAGAUUGUUUGGAUUUAUGUGAAUUCCUGGAAGGACUGACUGUUGAAAUGAGAGGCAAAGCGCUCGGUUUGAUUCAAAUAUUAAGACUUCCAACAACAGGUUAAACUCUAAUUCAAUGUUUUUCUUUUUUUGUUGGAUUUGAGAACUCAUCUGCAGCCGUUAGUUAUUAAAAGUGCUGCAGGUGUGAAAAUCGAGCACUCUGCUGCGACACCAAACACCAGAAACCUUUUAUUCCCCUAUUUUCUGACCUACUAAGAGUGCAGACUGUUGUGUUGAAGUUUUGUUUCUUCCACUGCGUGUUUUAUUCGUUUAUUUGUCGAUUACUAUUUGAAAUGUGUACGGGAGGACCGAGGGAGGGCGGGGCUUAAAGGGAUAUUCUGUGUAGAUAGAGACGACAUUUGGCGUUUUUCUGGUUUUUAUUUUUAUUAAACUUCUUUAUUAUUUUUUCUCCUGAUGAUCUCUCAGUCUGUCACUGUUCUCUGGGUUUGAGCUGACUGCAAAUAUACAGUAUUAUAAUGA